GAUAAAUGGUGCAAGAUACUAAUCGAUACAUUUUGCCAAAACAGUUGUUGACAACAAUCAACAAUUUGUUGAUGCCCACAAAUGGAUGUGACGCUGGAUAAGAAGCUGCAAGGAUUUCAACUGGUUGCCCAGGAAAAGUUGCAGGCCAUACUAUGCUCAAUACCGGGCAAAAAGGAACUAAUCUUGGAGCCUGAGCUUAUCAAGCCGCUGGAACAUGUUUGCACCGCCUCCUGGCUAAAGCUGAAAGGCAUUCAGCGCAUUUACAAGCUCGAUGCCAAGCAACGUGUGCCGCGUGAUGCUGACCAAGUGCACAUCUACAUGAUACGCAGCAUGCUGGACACGUAUCAAACGCUGCUACGCCAAUUACAGCCGCUGGCCAUGUCAUCGAUGUCGUCCAGUGAGUCACCCGAUCUGGCGUUGCGCAUGUUUCACAUAAUCUGUGUGCCCAGCUGCUAUGCCUAUUUCCAUGCGCUGCUUGAACAGGCGGGCCUCUGGGGUCUGGUGCAGCUGCAUCAUUACAACUGGGAUUUCAUCUAUCUGGAUCAUGGAGUGCUGAGUCUGGAGUUGCCCAAUCUAUACGAAUGCCUUUACCUCCAAGGGAAUAGUUCAGCCUUGCCUGCUGUGGCUCAGAGUUUGAGGCUGCUGCAAAUGAUUUGUGGACAGCCUGCGCUAACGCUCACAUUUGGCAGCCACUCGGCGCAGCUGCUGCACGAGCUGCAAGCCCUGGGUCCAGUGCCCCAGGCAAUAAACCCACCAGACUUUGGCGCUUGCCUCAUCAUCGAUCGUGAUAAGGAUUAUGCAUCGACGCUGCUUACGCCAGCUAUUUAUGCUGGCCUGUUGCUCGAGGUAUUUCAAUUGCGCGCUGGAGAAAUCAGCAUUGACAAUGCCAACAAUAAAAUAAGCAGCCAGAAGGUGCAGCUACUCCAGGGAAAGUCCGAAUAUCCACCCAAGUCCAGCAGCAAGCCAAGCAGCAUUCGCCUUCAUAGCGCCUGUGAUGAGUUCUAUGGCGAGAAUCGUUACAAGCACUUUGCCCAGGCAAGCAGCUCUGUACGAGCACAGGUCAAGGCCUUGAGUCUUGAAGUGCAGAAACUAAACGACUUGAAGCUGGAGGAAAUGCACGAUUAUGUGGCACGCAAGUUGCCCAAGUUAACCGAGCUAAAAGCCAAAGUGUUGCGGCAUCUGAAUGCGUCCGAGGUUGUCAUAAAAAUGCUGGGCAACUUUCGGCAUCUGCAGACACUAGAGGAGGACAUCUUGAACAAUGUUUCACGCAAACGUCUGCUGUCCGAGAUUGAUAUGCUGCUGACCACAGAUGGACAACGGUACAACACGUUGCGUCUGCUGUGCCUACUGCAUUUGUGUGUUGGAGUUGCACCCGAUGAACUGCAACACUUCGCCCGCAACUAUUGCAAUAUGUUUGGGCAUCGCGAGCUCUGCGUCUUUCAGCAAUUAUCGCAGGCCGGACUUUUGCCUGCCUUGCAGCCGGAACGCAAGAGCUCAACGAAACUGCUGUCGAACUUGCCGUUGCCUAAGUUCCAGCAAACGGAAUUCCAGGCCAACGCCAAUCGUCUUAAGCUGUUAGCCUCCUCUGCAGAUGCCGAGCAGUCAGCUGCCGCUGGCGUAGACGCCGCAGCCCGAGCUGCUUCCAAAACCUGUCCCAGCUUUGUAUUCAACGGCACUUAUGUACCUCUAAUAGCACAACUGUGUUCCAUUCUGCUCAAUGCCAGCAACGCCGAUCAAUUGGCCACCAAACUGGCCAUGAUCGAGGGCCUGCAAAUGUGUGUACCUGGUGGUCAGACAACUACUCCUAAAGCCUAUGCGGCGCAAGUCAAGACAGCAACAGGCGAAGCCAAUGAUGUGUUCCCUCUGCGGCUGCGAAACUUGUUUGUGUUUGUGGUAGGCGGUGCAAGCUAUGCAGAAAUUGCCGCCUGUGACUUGGUGGCCAAGCUGACGAAUGCCCAAAUAACUGUUGCAUCUGAUAAACUUUUAGCUGGCAGCGAUUUAAUCGCAGCGGCUUUCAAUCACUGAAUACAUGAAUCUACUACUAUUACUGACAUGACAACUAUUUAACUAUUCUAAAAAUAAAAUGUGGUAUUUUGAAAUCAUAAAUCAUGUAUUUAAUAGAUGAUUAAUUGAAUCUAUAUAAUAUCAAGCCAGCUUGCUUU